UCUCUCUUCUCUCCUCCGGUAGAUCCCGUGUUGCAGGUCCCCACACAUGUGGAAGAGCCGGCCUUCCUCCCUGAUCCCAAUGACGGAAGUCUCUACACUCUGGGCAGUAAGCACAGCGAGGGUCUGACGAAACUGCCCUUCACUAUCCCUGAGCUGGUCCAGGCGUCUCCGUGUCGCAGCUCGGAUGGAAUUUUGUACAUGGGGAAGAAACAAGACGUGUGGCAUGUGAUUGAUCUGGUGACGGGGGAGAAGCAGCAGACUCUGACCUCGUCCUUCGCUGACACGGUGUGUCCGUCCUCCUCGCUCCUCUACCUGGGCAGGACAGAAUAUACAAUCACCAUGUAUGACACCAAGAACAAGGAACUGCGCUGGAACGCCACUUACUACGACUACGCAUCCACCCUGCCAGACGAGGGCACAGAUUACAAAAUGUCGCACUUUGUGUCUAAUGGGGACGGUUUGGUGGUGACGGUGGACAGCGAUUUGGGGGACGUCCUGUGGAUUCAGAAUUACGCCUCCCCGGUAGUAGCGUUGUACAUCUGGCAGAGGGAGGGUCUCCGGAAGGUCUUACACACCAACGUAGGGGUGGAGACGCUGCGCUAUCUCACCUUCAUGUCUGGGGAGGUCGGUCGUAUCACAAAGUGGAAGUAUCCCUUCCCCAAAGAGACGCACACCAAAAGUAACCUGAUGACGACGCUGUAUGUGGGCAAAUACUCCAGCAGCCUGUAUGCCUCAUCUUCCAUGGUGCACGAAGGGGUCACGGUGGUGCCCAGGGGAAGAGUCAUGCCGCUGCUGGACGGUCCCACCACUGAUGGGGUGACGAUUGAGGAGAAUGGAGAGUGCGUGUUCACACCCAGCACCGAUCUGAAGAGUCUGCCCGGGGGGAAAGGGAGUUACUGGAGGAACCAUUGGCUGCUAAUAGGACACCAUGAAACUCCUCUGUCUGCCCCAACCAAACUCCUGGAUACCUUCCCAUCCACCCUGCCCCGGGGAGGGGAGAAUGUCAUAGAGACCGCACGGGACAAAGCACGUUUCAACAAGGAAGUCCUGGGGAUGGUGGACAACCCUCCCGAGCAGUUUCCCCCGUCUUACUCUCAGGAGAUCUCUGACGUAUCAAAGCCAUUCCUGCCCAAGCCAGAGGCUCCGGUGGACUCCAUGCUGAAGGAUCUGGCCACCAUCAUCCUCAGUACAUUCCUCCUGGCAGGAUGGGUAGCAUUUGUCAUCACAUAUCCUAAGACCUUCCAGCAGCAGCAACAGUUGCAGCACCAGCAGUUCCAGAAGCAGCUGGAGGAGAAGAUCCAACUCCUACAGAGUCAGCAAACCCCCUUCCAGUCUGCUGAGGUGAUGCCUGAGGGAGAUUAUCUGGAUAUAACUAGCAUGCGGAGCGAGAGUUCAGCUAACAGUACUCCCAACGUGUCACCGAAGGCCUCCAACCACUCCAAUCUGUCCAUGUCGGAGGCUGGUAGUGUCGCCUGCACAGAACAAGAGGAUGGAGAUGAUGACAUGACAGUGACGGUGGGGAAGAUCUCCUUCAACCCCUGUGAGGUCCUUGGUCACGGUGCUGAGGGGACCAUCGUCUACAGGGCUCGCUUUGAUAACAGGGACGUGGCCGUGAAGAGAAUCCUGCCAGAGUGUUUCAGUUUUGCAGAUCGAGAAGUUCAGCUACUGAGAGAAUCUGACGAGAAUCCCAAUGUCAUCCGCUACUUCUGUACGGAGAAAGACCGCCAGUUCCAGUAUAUCGCCAUUGAACUGUGUGCAGCAACCCUGCAGGAGUAUGUAGAAGAGAAGGACUUUGAUCGGCAUGGCCUGGAACCCAUAACCCUCCUGGAGCAGACAGUGUCCGGUCUGGCUUAUCUUCACUCCCUCAAUAUUGUACACCGAGACCUGAAGCCACACAACAUCCUCAUUUCCAUGCCCAACGCUCACGGCAAAGUCAAAGCCAUCAUCUCAGACUUUGGGCUGUGCAAGAAGCUGGCGGUGGGUAGACACAGCUUCAGCCGAAGAUCCGGGGUUCCUGGCACUGAAGGAUGGAUCGCCCCAGAAAUCUUAAAUGAGGAUAUCAAAGAGAACCCUACAUAUACCGUGGACAUUUUCUCUGCCGGCUGCGUCUUCUACUACGUGGUCUCAAAGGGGAAACACCCGUUUGGCAAGUCCCUGCAGCGGCAAGCCAACAUCCUCCUGGGAGCUUACAGCCUGGACUGUCUGGACCUGGACAACCAUGAGGGUCUUGUAGCACAUCACCUGAUCCAGCAGAUGAUUGACAAGGACCCCCAGAGACGCCCGUCUGCCGAGGCCGUCCUGAAACAUCCGUUCUUCUGGAGCCUGGAGAAGCAGCUCCAGUUCUUUCAGGAUGUCAGCGACCGAAUAGAAAAAGAGGCUCUGGAUGGGACAAUCGUGAAACAGCUGGAAAGAGGUGGAAGAGACGUGGUGAAGCUGGAUUGGAGGGAGCACAUCACCGUUCCCCUGCAGACAGAUCUCAGGAAGUUCCGCAGUUACAAGGGGCGAUCAGUAAGGGAUCUUCUGCGAGCAUUACGUAAUAAGAAACACCACUACAGAGAACUCCCGGCGGAGGUGCAGGACACCCUGGGGAACGUCCCGGAUGACUUUGUGCGCUAUUUUACGUCUCGCUUUCCAGGACUUCUGCUGCACACUUACCUUGCUAUGCGGCUCUGCAGCCAAGAGAGACUGUUUCACCCCUAUUAUGUCCAGGACUCAUCAGAGCCGGCAUUCAGCUUGCAGCCCAUGGAUAAGGCGUGAAGUAUUGAGCACUUUAUCCCGAUCACUCGGGUGGUGGCCCGUGUAGGCUGCAGACAUCACAGAGUGCCUUA